UUUAGUCCUACAGGAGCUCUCUUUUGCCAAAUGCCAGGUUCCUCAUCUCUUUGGAAGCUCUGCAUCUCUCCAAUAGUUGAAUUUUGAUUGAUGCUCAUUAGACUUCCGAUCUUCUCCCCAUCGCUCUCGAUCUCCUGUUCCUGAACAUUCAACGCAAUUAUCCCAAAAACUUAUUACAAUCGAUGAACAAAGCAUUCGACUUCGAUUUUCGCAAAAUAUUGGUGUACCAGAGGGAUGCUGCUGAGUGAUUUACAGGCAGUGGAUGUAGUGUGGGCUUAAUCUGCCCUGCUGUCGAGCGUCACUGCACGACUGAGCAACAUUUCGCUACAUCUCAGAUCGGGCGACUCUCUUUCCAGUCAAUUGGAUCAGAGUGCAAGAACGGAAUCCCUCAGGGAAAACCUCGAUAGACACGAUGGGUCGCGCCUCAAAGUUCGUCUUUCCUCGAUCAGGACGACGUGCAGAACCCCCGCCGUCUGCGCCCACACUGCAGAAUUACCAAUCUGGUACCACUCAAGUCUACGACUCGUCAACAAAGGCCCAGAGACUGCUCGGGACCUCGGAAAUACCUGGGUAUCGAGGACCUGGGUCCAAUACUCCGCAGCCGAUUUCUCUCAAGCCCCACAAAUCCAAUGUACCCAUUCCAGAGGAAAGCGUAGAUGGCGAGGGAGACGGAAAUAAUGGUGAAAUAAAAAUUGCGUUUGAUACACGGGAGCAUAGUCCGCGGCCGUCAGGGAUAUCCCAGACACGGCGUCCGUUCUCGCCGCAAAUCUAUCCGUCCGACAAUGCUGCUUAUUCCAGCUCUGCCGAAGUUGGGCCCGAGAUUUUUGCGCACGGAACAGAUCCCAACGCCAAGAAGAUGUUGCUUGAUCCCUCGGCAGCUUCAAAUAUCUUCCAACGAAAGUCAUCUGCGUCCUCGGAAACCAAUGCGGCCUUUGUAGAGCAGUCCAUGUCAGAACGCCAAGCCCAUUUGGGGAUGGCUCUGCCAAAUCGCUCAUGCGUCUCAGACUUGAAUUUUGAGAGGAACAGAGAGCUCGGUGCGGGAGAAACAAAAUCUCGACCUUCCAGAUUAGAUCUUUCUCGAUUGUUUCCUCGUUCCAGUUUUCAACGGACGGUCACGCCAUCGCAAUUCGAGGGUAAUGGUCCUCCAAUGUCCGUGUCAAGUCUAGGAGCCAAACACGUACGACCGGGCGAGGAUGGAAGGACUUCAAAUAGUCAGCGACAUCCACGGACCAAGGCUUCGAUGCCAAACCUGAUUGGGAGAGCUACGGGCAAGACGGUCGAUUCUGGGCGGAGCAAUUCGAAAAAUUGGUUCGAUGGCAAAGAGGCGGGCGAAGGCUUUGAGGAAGAUGAGCAAAGUGACACCCUUGCUCAGCGGAAUGAUAUAACACAAAGCUUUCCUGAACCUCCGUUAAGUGCCCGUACCGCUGAAUUCUUCUCUAAUCGAGGCUCUGGAAAGUCAAGCAUCGGUAGCAAAGGCUGCUUUUACCGAGAUUCUGGCCAUUCCAGCUCCACUCGGCCAAUGACAAGUGCCUUGGAUCAUAGGGCUGCAACUGCGUCACUCGUUCCAUGUUCCAGUGAUGUGCAAAGUGUCCGCUCCUUUUCCAGCCGCCGGACGCAAAACUCGAGCAAGAGCGGCAGCAGGAUGAUGAAUUCGGAUCUCAACAAGCAAAGUGUACUAUCUUUCUCGUCUUCUGAGGAUGAGGAUGAGGACGAAGAUGGCUCCACACCGCCUUCGCUCGAUUUUGACACCAGUACAAGGGGCAGUUACGAAGAUGAUAUACACCGUCUUUCUGACCAAAUGGCCGCUGAAAGUAGAGGAGGGCCAACUUUAGAUGAACUCCGCCCUCGCCAGGGGCCCAGAUCAUAUGCAAGCUCUAGUGGACGAUCAUCCGUUACUAUUGGCAACAGUGAAGCAUUUGCGUCAGAGCCCAAUAAUACUACUCCGCGCAACUCGCAGCACCUUACACGCAUGUAUAGCAAUGCUUCUUCCAAGUUCUCCAUUCCAAGCACUAUCAACACGAAGUCAUCGCAAGCUCCAAGCUUACGAGAAUCACUUCGCUCCACCUCUACAACUUCUACUGCAAGGCUUUCGGAGGUCGAGUAUCUUUUACAAGCGAGACAGGAUCGCCUUAUGGCCGUCACACACGAAGAGGAAGCUCUGCUCGAAGCUAUGAGGCGCAAGAGAACUCGCAUGCAUCAGGAACACGCCGAGCAACGACAACGCUCAGCGGCUCGUAGCCGGAAACCUACAAUCUCCCCGGUCCCAGAAGACCGCGUAUCUAUCAUCUCAGACGCGACAAGCUUCCCUUCGCCUCCAAGGCAAACCCGCCAUGAGCCUCGCAGUCGGGAGCGUCGUCCGCCUGCGCUGUCCUCUGAGGCACUGAAACGCAACUCCAAGGAGAAAUUUCUUCCCACUCCCAAAGUUUCUCCAACCAUUCAUUUUGACAUGUCAAAUCUGCUCCUAUCUUCACGGGAAAGCGUGCACUCUCUCCCGCCGCAACAGGAAGAGGAGCAGAAGCAGUUGGGUCUCGCCGAUCCGGCUCUGUCAAAUCCAUUCGCUACAUCAUCUCCCUUUCCAGACCAUCAUCUGUUUCCUGAAGAUGACUUCCAGCAGCAAACACGGACCGCCCGUAGCGGCUGUGUAACUGAGGGGGCCGAGAAAGCAGACAAACAAGGGCUUGUGAAUCAAGCAGCUCUGAAAUGACAAAAAACACACCAACAUUCCUUAAACCUCCCGCCAGAAAUUUCCUAACCUUUACUACAAAUACACUCUCGUAUCUCCUUUGUCUCUUCGAGUUCCAUUCUUUGCUUUUCACCUCCCUUCAUUAGACAUCUUCCCUUGACGGCCCUGGUGGCAUAUACACAUUAGCAUCCUAGCGAUACCGUUCUUGCAUUUAUUUGGCUUGGUGAUACCACAUCUCUUCAUACACAGUCUACCUUUCUUUUGUCCUUGGAGCGAUUUCAUAUUAGCGUGGCAUAAACUAUACAACCAUAGACUUUCUAUACACC